AGUAUCACCCUGGAUAUUGAUUAGAAAACGUUUUUGGCUGAUUUCCUAAACUUGUUGAAUAUGGUUCAUAUGGGGUAAAAAGUCGGUCAUACAGCCCAAACACGCCCGGCAAAACUGUCGCUCCACUUCAAAAUUGUGGUGUGCGGUACAACGAGCGAACGGCAUUUCCGAGAUAGAACGGAUGGCCGAUUUAAACGGAUAAUUAAAAAUUACAAUAAAUAGAAACUGAAAAUGUCUUGCCCGGAAAAGGAACGGAAACUGGCUCCCAAGGUUUUUAACGAUCCUAUCCAUGGUAAUAUAGAGUUACAUCCCUUGCUGGUGAAGAUCGUAGACACGCCGCAAUUCCAACGUCUUAGAUUCAUUAAACAACUCGGUGGUGUUUAUUUCGUGUACCCCGGGGCAUCACAUAAUAGGUUCGAGCACUCGAUCGGCGUUUGUCACCUAGCCGGACGAUUCGUGCGAGCUCUUAGAGACAAGCAACCGGAACUGGACAUAUCGGAUGAAGAUGUACUUUGUGUUGAAAUCGCAGCCUUGUGCCAUGACCUUGGACACGGACCAUUUUCUCAUCUGUUUGAUAUGAAAAUUAUUCCUAAAGCGUGGGAAAUGGAUGAUCGUAAAAACGAUGAAAAAUGGAAACACGAGAAAGGUUCGAUCGAUAUGUUAGAGCACAUGCUACAAGAAAAUAAGGAACUUGAAGAAGAAUUCGUCGAGCAAAACAUCACGGAUAAUGAUAAUUUUUUGAAUAAAACAUUUAUUAAAGAAUUGAUCAAUGGACCAAACAAACAUGAGCGCAAAGGAAGAACGGAAGGAAAAUGGUUUCUAUACGAGAUUGUUUCCAACGACCGAAAUAACAUAGAUGUCGACAAGUGGGACUACUUUGCACGUGACUGUCACAUGUUGGGUAUUGGAAACAAUUUCAACCACAAUCGGUUAAUUUCGUUCUCGAGGGUUAUAAAUGUCAAAGGAGAAGACGGAAAGUUUGAAAAGCAGAUUUGCUAUAGAGACAAAGUAUGCAUUAUUUGAUUUAUAAAUAGCUUU